AUGGAGAGAUACGAGAGCCUGGGUAUUGUCGGGGAGGGUUCGUACGGCAUCGUUCUCCGUUGCCGACCAUAAGGAGACUGGGCAGACCGUGCUAUCAAGAAGUUCCUCGAGAGUGAAGACGACCACACUGUCAAGAAAAUCGCCCUCAGGGAAGUGCGCAUGCUCAAGAAACUCCGCCACGAAAACCUUGUGAACCUGAUCGAGUUCUUCCGACGCAAGCGCAGAUUGUAUCUGGUGUUUGAAUACGUCGACCACACCAUCUUGGACGAACUGGAAUCCACGGAGACCGGCCUGGAGGAAAGCAAAGCCAGAGCUCACAUAUUUCAAGUUCUUAGGGGCAUCGCCUUCUGUCACCAGAAUCAGAUCAUCCAUAGAGACAUCAAACCCGAAAAUGUGUUAGUGAGCAGGUUGGGUGUUGUCAAACUAUGCGAUUUUGGCUUCGCCCGUUUGCUAGCAGGACCGGGCGAGUCCUGCACAGAUUACGUUGCUACAAGAUGGUACAGAGCUCCUGAGCUUCUUGUGGGUGACACAAGAUAUGGAAGAGAGGUGGAUAUAUGGGCAUGCGGUUGUCUCCUGUCAGAAAUGCUUACUGGAGAACCCCUUUUCCCAGGAGAAUCUGACAUUGACCAGCUUUUCCAUAUCAUACAGACAUUAGGUGAACUAAGUACAUCACAUCGACAACUUAUGGAGAGAAAUCCUAUGUUAGCGGGACUAAAGCUACCAGCUGCAGCUUCCACACCAUUGAUGGGGUCUUUCCCGUCUUGGUCGAGCCGUGCUCACUCUUUUGUUGCAGCUUGUCUUUGUUUAGAACCAACAGCUCGCCCACAUGCCCAGUCACUCCUAUCCCAUGAUUUUUUCAUUCAUGAUGGGUUUCCUGAGGCAUUUAUACCUAUCCUAAGACAAAAGGUACAGCAGGAGUUUAGUGGAAAUGUUCUUCUCGGUGUAAAUGGAAGGAGGGGAUCUAGUACAAAUGAAAAAAGAGGGAGGGUGCGCAAGGGGCCUGGUGGACACAGCCCAGAAAGCAUAUAUGGUCGUAGCAUUGCUAGACCACUUCCUCCCCAGCCGACGUCAACUACUUCCAGAUCAGAAAAUGCACACUCAGUUAGAGCUUCCCCUACAAAGCAACCAACAUUCUGCCAACCAUCUCAAUCGAUACCAGCCACCAAACCCUCAGUGUCGUUUGCACCAUUGACCCCUUCCCACCAGAGGUCGAGUGGGAUAUCAGGACCUAAUAGUCUUGCUCCAGCUAUAGCAGAAGAUGCACCUUUGAGUCCUAGAUCAUCUCUAAUUCCUCCUCUUAGAGAUUCACAUACUAUCAUAACGUCUAGUGUGAUUUCGAAUCCUGUUCCAACGAGUACAAGCAACAAUAAUACAAUAGCCCUAACUCUUAACAUCACAGGCACAACAAAUACUGCAUCACCAGCAAGAAAUAGCAGGGUAAAUGAGAAAGGGCGUAAGUCACCAGUCAAUCUGUGGGGUACUAACUCAAAAUCUAGAGGACAAGCUCUGUGCAUUCAAGGACAAGGGCAAGGCAUUGGCUCUUCACAUAUAAAUUGGGAAGAUGAUGACAAUUUUGGAAUGGCUCUGGAUGGUCCUUCAUCCUUUACUUCAUGUAAUCGUCAACUUGCCCUUGAAAACAAGAAUUUAGACAGCACUCGAAAUAUAGACUUGAGUCGUCAUCCCUAUACUAUCAGCUUGGACAGGACAAAAGAACUUUUUGGCAGAGACAGUUCGUAUAGAGAUAAUUCCUCCCACAGAGAGUUCACUCGUGACCCCUUAAGAGAGAUCAGGGACAACCCUCGAGAUCCUUUAGGACUUAAUAAGGAACUCAGAGAAUCUAUUCGAAGACCCAAACUAGAAAUGGGAUGGGCAAAACCUCGACUUCUGAAUGAUGAUUUGUCUCUGCCAAAUGUCCCUGGUGGUGCUUUAUCUAAUAAUGGGAAUAGUAGCCCUAAAAAGAAUAGCAAUUCUGUACCUGGAUCAAGCAGCUGGAUUGUUGGAAAUAAACCCCCAAGGCCAGGAGUUAUUAUGCCACUCCUCAGUAAUAACAAGAGCAACUCAGCAACUUCAGUGAGUACUCAGUAA